CCGCAUCGCCAUAGGAACCCGCUCCGGCGGCGGCGAGCGGCGGCCGCUUCCCCGGGAGCUCCGGGAUGGCCGGGGAUGGAGCCGGGAUCCCAGGGCAGCCAGCCCUGGACAGCCGGACCCCGGCGAGGCUCCCUCGGUGACGGGGCCGUGUGGGCACAGCCUGGCCCUGCUGCUGUCCCUGCUGCUGUCCCUGCUCCUGUCCCCACGCAGCCGCAGCCAGGAGCUCUGGGCCGGGCCAGGAGCCGAUCCCGAGGGGUUGGCCAUGGAAUAGGCGCUUUUCCAGGUGCCGGGCACAGCGGGAGGCUGAGGUUGGCCGCCCCGAAGGCGCCGUGCCCUGGAGCCCCCGGCCUCUGCCAUGAAUGAUGCAUCCACCAUGGAUUAUGAACUGCUCUCGCCAUCCCUGGUGGAGCACCCCGCGGGCUCCGCGGGCAUGGAUGCCGAGCAGAAAACUGUCUUCGCCUUCGUCAUCUUCCUGCUGGUGUUCCUGGUGAUGCUGAUGGUGCGCUGCUUCCGCAUCCUGCUGGACCCCUACAGCCGCAUGCCCGCGUCCUCCUGGACGGACCACAAGGAGGGCUUGGAGCGGGGCCAGUUCGAUUACGCCCUGGUGUGAAGGUGGCCACGGGGCGAGCCCGAGCCCCGCCCGCCCCCGGUGCGGCCCCGCGGGGAUGCUCCGGGCGCGGGGCCGGGCCCGGGGGAGGUUUUCUAGGCGUUUCUCUCUUUUCUAAGCACUUCUCAGUUCUCUUGGCGGGGCGCUGGGGAACGGGGCCCGGCCAGGCUCGGGCUCCCCGCUGCCCCCCGUGCCCCCGGGCACCGCGAGGGGCAGGAGGGGCCGGGACGGGGCAUGGCGGGACCUGCCCUCGGCCCGCGGGGCCCCUGGGCCGGGCUCUGCCCGGUGCCGGAGCCGAGCUUUGACCCCUCGGAGCCCUCCUGCCCCCCGCACCCCCCGGGAGUGCUGCCCGUGCUGCAGUGUGUGUGUGUGUGUGUGUCUGUAGCUGAGCUCUGUCCGUCUGGGGUUCCUCACAGCCGAGUGCCGGCUUCGUUCCUCGUGUGUGCCCGUCCCGAGCCCCCCGAGCGGGAGCGGCGGCUGGAGCCCCCCGAGCGCUGCCCCUUCCCCCGGGCCCUGCCGGGCUGAGCCAGGGGCGCUCCUGGGGACCCCAGCGCGGAUCUCGGGCCCCACAAAACACCCGGGAGAGGCUCCUCGGCAGCUCCCGCGGGCAUCCCAGACCCUGCCGGGGUGGCCUCGCUGUGUCCGGGGGUGUCCGGCCCUUCCCUGGCUCCCCGAGGGCUCCGGAAGGGGCCGGGGGGCGAGCGGGGGGUCCCAAAGCCCGUGGAGGGCAGCGGGAGGAUUUGUAGGAAGGGAUUUGAGCCCCGGGGGAGAACCUCGACCCCUCCAUGGAAAUAAAGCCGCACCGUGCCAACCCCA